UUAUGGUCCCUCUCGAUUUCUUCUUUCCUUUACAGCAAAUCCCAUCUUCUUCAUUCUUUCUUUCUGUUUUUUAAAGGAAAAACAGAGCUUCAACCUCUGCCCUUUUAUCACUCCUCCAUUAUUAUUCUUUCUUUUCUUUGACAAAUUUUCUAAAAUAAUAUAAGAUGAAACGUCACAUUAAGAUUUGAAUUGCACAAAUUAGCUAAUAAUGUAUACUUCUUAAUGAGUUAAAACAAACACGUUUUGUCUAAAUUUUGGUUGCCUCUCAAUUUUCUUGGUUAGCUAGAAAACGUUCCUAUCAUAUGAAAACUUUGAAAUACCUUGUCAAUCCAAGCAUCAUUACCAAUUACCAUCCCCAAUUGUUAACGUUUCGGUUUCCGACUCAAUAAUGGUUGAACUUUAGAAAACUUUAAAUUGUUUUUGUUAUGACAUACACAAACCAAAAGGCAAAGAAUUAAAUCAAAAGAAUUUGGCACAAAUCCAACGUAGCUCAUUAAUAAUAUGUUGACAACUUCUACAAAUUAUCUUGAGUAGAAACAAAGUAUAGAAGGCAGUGAAUAAUUGCGUGUACGAGUUAAUAGGGCUUGACACAAAUACGUAAACCAUAAUAAUUUUCACAUAAUUUAGGCUUGUCCGUCUACUCCUCAUAAUUCAAUUUGAAAUGGAUUCAACAAUUUUGUUUCUGCCUAUUAUUUGUACGGUAUUCUUUUAACAAGAAUCAUAAAAAUAACUUAAAACGCAAGCCUGUAGGGUCCCCCCACGUAUAAUUUCACUAGGUCAGUCUGGUUGGUUCUUUGCGCCUAGUUUUGGUGUAGCAGCUAUAUUUCGAUUCAUCCUAUUUUUCCAAGGGUUUCAUAAUUGGACAUUGAACCCAUUUCAUAUGAUGGGAGUUGCGGGUGUAUUGGGCGCUGCUCUGCUAUGCGCUAUUCAUGGUGCUACCGUAGAAAAUACCUUAUUUGAGGAUGGGGAUGGUGCAAAUACAUUCCGUGCUUUUAACCCAACUCAAGUUGAAGAAACUUAUUCAAUGGUCACUGCUAACCGCUUUUGGUCCCAAAUCUUUGGGGUUGCUUUUUCCAAUAAACGUUGGUUACAUUUCUUUAUGUUAUUUGUACCAGUAACUGGUUUAUGGAUGAGUGCUCUUGGAGUAGUUGGUCUGGCCCUGAACCUACGUGCCUAUGACUUCGUUUCUCAGGAUCUUCCGCGCAAUGCAUAAAUUAUUCCCAAAAAUAAGAAUACAGGUUUUAGUUGGGAACAUAUAACGUUUCAAAAACCAAUAUACAAUAUUUUAUCAACAUUAAAUUAAAAGUUUUAAAACCAUUUCUAAAAUAAUAAUCAAUAUUAAGUGAAUGUAUUUUACUUUUUAAAUUAUCAUCAACGACUACUAAUUAAAAAGUUAUUGUCCACGUACCUCUCAUGAUUCAAUUUGAGAUUUCUUUCUCUUUAAUUAAUUUUUUAGUGAUUUGAUUUCAAGACAGCUACAGGUUGAGACAUUUUAUCAAAGAAACAAGUUGUUGGGUCUGCUCCCAAGAUCCAACGAAAUGAUUGUUUGCUUCCCCACUGACAUUAAUCAUCUAUAUAUCCUCUGCUUCAUCUCUCCAUUCUUCUAAAUUAAAGCUCACUUCUUCCAUUGAAGCCUCCACAGACAAGAAUAGAUCUUCGUUCUUGUAGUGAACAACACUCCAAAACCAUGGCUUUUGCAGGCACAACCCAGAAAUGUAUGGCUUGUGAAAAAACCGUGUAUCUUGUCGACAAGCUGACCGCUGAUAACCGCAUCUACCACAAAGCCUGUUUCAGAUGCCACCAUUGCAAAGGCACUCUGAAGCUCAGCAACUACAAUUCCUUUGAGGGAGUGCUUUAUUGUAGGCCACACUUUGAUCAGAUUUUUAAGAGGACUGGCAGUCUUGACAAAAGCUUUGAAGGAACGCCAAAGAUCGUAAAGCCAGAGAAACCGAUUGAUAGCGAGAAACCGACAGCAAACAAGGUUGCUAGCAUGUUUGGAGGAACCAGAGAUAAGUGUCUUGGCUGUGACAACACUGUUUAUCCAACAGAAAAGGUUACUGUGAACGGAAUUCCAUACCAUAAAAGUUGUUUCAAAUGCUGCCAUGGAGGAUGCACGAUCAGCCCUUCGAACUAUAUUGCUCAUGAGGGGCGACUUUACUGCAAGCACCACCAUAUCCAACUAAUCAAAGAGAAAGGAAACUUGAGUCAACUUGAGGGAGACCAUGAAAAGAUAACAGCAAAGGAGAAAAUCAAUGGCGGAGAGGUGGUGGCUUCAGAAGCCUGAUUUUUCAGAAUCAAGCUUUAUCAGAAUCAAAGGCUGUACACUAAGAGAAGUACUGGCAUCCAUUGCGUUUCGUGUUAAAAGUGUGUUUUUGGCCUGUCUGUUUCCCAAAUAUUCAAAUAACAUGCUCAAACAGAUGCCAAGAUCUGUUUGAUUUUCACCAUCUUUCGUCUUAAAAGAAGUGUGGCAUGUUUGUAGAUUUGAAUCAUAUUCCUAUCAAUUCCAAUGGAUACUUAUUAUUAUAAGUACAUUCGUCAUUUCUGUAA